AUGAAGGAAGUUAUGGAGCAGAGAGAGACGGUCGGUGGUGACCCAAAUCGUAGAGAAAGGGACUUUAAACUUUAUUGUAUCUUUACCAUCAUAGAGGUAAGUGGUCUCUGCAUCAGCUAUGAUGAGAAAGGGAUGUAUCUUCUGCAUUAUUUAUUUGUGCUUGGCAUUAGUUAUUGUAUCUUUCUCAAUUUAUGCUUGGCAUGGUUUCUUGGUUCUUUAGGGGGAUGUCAGGAAUGUUCUCAAGGUUGGUCAGAAGUGUUUGAGAGGGCAGGGCAGUGGUAUUUCCAAGCUCAAGAAGAUUGCAGAACUUACUCAGAAGCUGCAAGUGAUGUAGCAGACCAGGAAUUAAGUGGAGGAAAAUUGCAAGGUGAAUCAACUACUAUGCCGCUCACAUUCCGUGUGGAUGCACUUAAAUAAUUGUAGAAAAUGGCUGACAGGGAGCUUCUUGCUCUUAAAUAAGAGCUUCAGAAGGAAAUAGGAUGGCAAGGUGAGGACCCUUCAACAAAUUUUAGGUAUGGAAUCAAAUUAAUAUAUUGUACUCUGAAGAGGGAAUAUGUGAGCAGAUAGAGUUAGUUUAAGGGAGCAACUGGUAAUGAAAUUUUAGAGCAUUGAUUUUGUGGCGUGGACAAUGGAAGUUUAGUUAGAGUGACUAAGAAAAGUUAUGCAAGAAUUGGUUGAUCUCUUCAUAUGGCUGUGAAACUUAGCUGAGAUCAUUGUAAAGAUUGAUCAAGAGCCAAAGGAUUUUGGAGUUUGGAGUUUAUGAGAAGAUUCAGUUAACUGACGUUAAUUGUUGGUAAUCCAACUUGAAAGAAGACCUCACCUAGACACAUGGAGAAGUUGCAGCAAGAUGUCAAUCUGGGCAAUUCUGUUUGAUUAGCUUGUGGAGGUUAAUUCGUUCGCAGUAUUUAUUGUUAUAAUUGACAUAUUUAACUUAAUCUUUUCAGUUGCAAAUAUAUUUAAUUUUGUUGCAAA